AUGGGCAACCUAUGUGGUAAAGCCUCCAAAGAAAACGACCCCUUCUCCCAACCAGGCCGUACAGUCGGUUCCGCCCCUCCUCCACAAUCAAACCCUCGGGCCUCGGUGCCCAAGAUAGGUAGCCAGGGUCAGAAAUUAGGCGGCUCAUCUGGUGGAGAGAGCAGCGAUGCUAAAAGCGCGGCAGCGAGGGCAGCAGAGGAGCGUGCGAAGGCGAAUCAGCCGAAGGGCAAGCUAGGCAGGGAUUUAGCGAAGGAGAGGGCGCAGACAAGGACUGGGACACUGGAGAAUGUUAGCCAGGAUGAGAGGAGGAGGAGAGAGGCGGAUCAGACCAGUCAGGCCACCAAUUACAAUUGA